CAAAACCUAGAUACAACUCCAGGUUUUAUUUUCUAUCGAUACAACAAUGGCUUGCACGAUCGAUUUCCGGCGGCUAGACGAGGGAUUCGGCGGGAAGACCUUCAAGCGCAAGAGAUCGGAACAAGAAGCCGACAAGCUGCACCUUCUGAAUCCUUCUUCCGAGGUGCCUCCUCAGCAUGACUCGAUGGACGUGGAUACAGGUGAUCGCCCCUCGGCGAAGCGGCAAGCCGUUCAGUCCUCCGACGACCCCAACAAACCAUCUUUCGGUAAGCCGACGUACGACGGUGUAAUCGCAGGAAAAGUUUCUGGGAGGAAGUGGAAAGAGGUUCGGACACAUCGGGCAUCGGCAGUGCAGGUGAGCAAGAAAAGAACGACGGUAGAGCAGCGGAUGAAAGAAAAGGAGAUAAAGAAGGCGUACAGAGAGAGGAUGAACGAGCUGAAGGAGGAGAUCCGUCAGAACAAGCAGGAGAAGCGGAGACGGCGUGAGGAGAGGGAGAAGAAGAAGCAGGAGAAUACUCUAAGGUCAGGGACUAAGCUUCAGAAGAUUACAAAUCCGAAUACACUUAAGAAGAUUGCUAAAUCCAAGCAGCGGAAGCUUCUCAAGGUUGUUCCUGAUGAUGUUGUUAACAGAAAUACUCAUUCCAACAACAAUAAGAAGAAAUAAGUAAUUUGCAGUUGACAAUUUUCUCAAUUUUGUUUAUGAUGUUCUAUGCAAACAAAAUUAGUGAAUUUAUUAUAGUGCUGUUUCAAUUAAAAUGUCAUCUUGCUUUGUUUUGUAUUUUGUUUGAGUGUUGGUGGUUGUGGUUAGAAGGUUAAUAGAAAACUGCAGUAGUAUUGGCUGGUCUUGGUCACUUUGAUUCAAAGAUUGCCGUUUCUAGGGCACUGCAUUGCUUUCUGAGUUGUAUUGCGAGUUUCUUGAUGUAUGUAUUGGCCUCAUAGGGAGAUGUAGAUGGCUGAGAUAGGGGACAUUACUAUGGCUGCCUGUGAUUGCCAUAGAUAGCAUUUCGUCUCUGUUGACAGUACCCAGGGGUGUUCUGCUCUUAAACAUACAAAUCUUUGGCCUGA